AUGAAAGAGAUAGCUAAGAGACUUGGGAAGAAGGAUUGGGAUUUCAAUGUAGAUCCAUGCAGUGGAGAAAGAAAUUGGACUUCAUCUGUUCAAGUGAAGGGAUUUGAAAAUGCUGUGACCUGCAAUUGUCUCUUUGCCAAUGCCACUAUCUGCCAUGUGGUUAGCAUUGUUCUGAAGUCACAAAAUCUUUCGGGCACACUCCCAAGUGAACUAGCAAGAUUGCAAUACCUGCAAGAAAUUGACCUCACCCGCAACUACCUUAAUGGCACAAUUCCUCCACAAUGGGGCUCCAUCAACCUUGUCAACAUUUCCGUUCUUGGAAAUCGGCUGACAGGUCCAAUACCAAAAGAAUUAGGAAACAUCACCACACUGAAAAGUUUGGUCCUGGAGUUCAAUCAAUUAUCUGGAGAGCUUCCUCUAGAGAUUGGGAAUCUCUUUCGACUUGAAAGAUUGCUUCUUACAUCCAACCAUUUUAUCGGAAAUUUACCAACAACAUUUGCCAGCCUCACUGCACUAAAGCAUCUUCGACUUGGAGACAACCAAUUCUCUGGAACUUUACCUGAUUUCAUUCAGAGAUGGACAAGUCUAGAGAGGCUGGUGAUGCAAGGGAGUGGUUUCAGUGGGCCAAUUCCUUCUGGAAUUUCAUUUUUGAACAAUCUCACUGAUUUGAGAAUUAGUGACUUGAAAGGACCAGAUUCUCAAUUUCCCCAACUUCAAAACUUAACAACUUUGCAAACACUAGUACUGAGGAGUUGCAAUCUUAUAGGAAUGGUUCCUGAAUAUCUUGGAAAUAUGACUAGCUUACGAUCAUUAUAUUUAACUGGAAACCUUUUCAAUGGACCACUACCCAAUUGGAUAGAUAGGCCAGACUACACUGAUCUCUCAUAUAACCAUUUGAACAUCGAAAACCCAGAGCAAUUGACCUGUCAACAGGGAAGCGUGAACUUGUUUGCAUCAUCUAUGAAGGGAAAUGACUCGGGAAUGAUUCCAUGUUUAGGGAACAUUAACUGUCCUAAAACUUGGUACUCUCUAUAUAUAAAUUGUGGUGGGAAGUCAAUUUCUGAUGGAAACAUAAAAUAUGAUGAUGAUUCACAAGAAGCUGGACCAGCAAGAUUUCAUCGAGCUGGAUCAAAUUGGGUGUUUAGCAACACUGGUCAUUUCUUUGAUAGUGGUCGUGUAGACUACUAUACUUGGUCUAAUACAACUGAGCUUGAUAUGAACAAUGGCGAAUUGUAUAUGGAUGCACGUGUUUCUGCCCUUUCUCUAACAUAUUAUGCAUUUUGCAUGGGAAAUGGAAGCUACACAAUAAGUCUUCAUUUCGCAGAAAUAAUGUUCACUGAUGAUCAAACAUAUAGCAGCCUUGGAAGGCGUGUAUUUGACAUCUAUGUUCAGAGAAAGUUGGUGCUGAAGGAUUUCAAUAUUGCAAAUGAAGCAGGAGGAGUUGGUAAAGCAAUCAUAAAAAAGUUCACUGCUACAGUGAAUAGCAGUACCUUAGAGAUUCGCUUGCAGUGGGCUGGGAAAGGAACAACUGGUAUCCCAUUUGGAUCAGUUCAUGGCCCUCUUGUAUCAGCUAUAUCUGUUGAACCUGAUUUUACACCCCAAGAGGAAAAUAAAGAUGGUGUACCUAGACAUUUCAUUGUCGCAAUUGUAGUUACUGGAGCACUUGUUAUCAUCAUAAUAUUUGGUAUAGCUUGGUGGAGAGGAUGUUUAAGACGAAAAAUGUCAUUAGAGAAAGAAUUAAUGGGUUUAGAUCUGAAAACGGGCUUAUUUAGCUUACGACAAAUCAAAGCUGCGACCAAUAACUUUGAUAUCACCUUCAAGAUUGGAGAAGGAGGUUUUGGUCCUGUUUACAAGGGUGUUCUUUCAGAUGGCACAGUAAUAGCAGUUAAACAACUUUCUUCUAAAUCAAAACAAGGGAAUCGUGAGUUUAUAAACGAGAUUGGCAUGAUUUCUGCUUUGCAACACCCUUGUCUAGUUAAACUUUAUGGUUGUUGUAUGGAGGGAGAUCAGUUGAUGUUGAUAUACGAAUACAUGGAAAACAACAGUCUUGCUCGCGCUUUGUUUGCACAAGAAAAAAUUCAAUUGAAGUUGGAUUGGUCAACCAGACAAAGGAUUUGUGCUGGUAUUGCUAGAGGUUUGGCUUACCUCCACGGAGAGUCAAGGCUAAAGAUAGUUCACAGGGACAUAAAGGCCACUAAUGUGUUACUAGACAAAAAUCUCAACCCAAAGAUAUCUGAUUUUGGUUUGGCCAAACUUGAUGAAGAUGGCUAUACACACAUAACUACCAGAGUAGCUGGCACCUAUGGAUACAUGGCCCCUGAAUAUGCAAUGCAUGGUUAUUUAACUGACAAAGCAGAUGUUUAUAGUUUUGGUAUUGUAGCUUUGGAAAUUGUUAGUGGAAAGAGUAACUCCAUGAACUGGCCAAAGGGAGAAUGUUUCUCUCUUGUUGAUUGGGUGCAUCUAUUGAAAGAACAAGGUAAUCUAAUGGACCUAGUUGAUGAGAGGUUGGGUAAGGAUUUCAAAAGAAAUGAAGUAGAAGUGAUGAUUAAUGUGGCUCUAUUAUGCACACAAGUUUCUCCAAUGCACAGACCCACCAUGGCUUCAGUUGUAUGCAUGCUUGAAGGCAAAAUUGUUAUUCAAGAGGUGGUGUCAGAUACAAGUGAAGAAUUGGAUGGAAAGAAGUUGGAGAUGCAACAAUAUUACCAUACGAGACAAAAAAAUAAGACUCAUGAGACUCAAGAAGAGAGCAUCUCUAUGGGUGAGACUUCAGCAUUUAUGUCUGACACAGAUCUAUAUUCUAUCAAAAUGGAUUGUUCUUUCUAG